GUCAAAUUGACUGGAAACCGCUCUAUCAUCACUACUUCCGGCUUGAUUUUUAGACAGACGUGUACGUUGGUGUAGACAGAAAACCGACAUAAACAUGCCUGGGAUGCAAUUUGAAUACGACGAGGAAGGAGGAACCUUCUUCUAUUUUUUGUUUUCUCUAUGGGGCCUCGUUCUUAUUCCCGCCACGUAUUAUUUUUGGCCCAGGAAGUCUGUAGAAGAUGAUAAGGAAAAAAAGAAGAGAGAGUGUAACUGUGAUCCUUGUGUGAUAAAACGGCAUCAAUUAAAAUCCAGCACAAAAUGGAACCGAAUGAAAGAGAAAGUUUUGAAAGUGGUUUUCAUAAUAGCAUGGAUAAUUUUUGCCCUGCUGGCCUACAAGGUUUCCCAGAUCCAUAUAGAGUACCAGGAAUAUGAUCCAUAUGCUGAACUGGGACUGGAUGUGGGAGCAACAAAAGAAGAGAUUAAAAAGGCAUACAAAAAACUAAGUUUGAAAUACCAUCCAGACAAACCUACAGGGGACCACAAAAAGUUCAUGAAAAUUGCCAAAGCCUACACAGCAUUGACAGAUGAAGAAACAAGGAAGAUAUGGGAGGAGAGUGGUGACCCAGAUGGACCUGGGGUCACCAGAUUUGGUAUAGCUUUGCCCAAGUGGAUUGUGGAGAAGCAGAAUUCUAUGUGGGUCCUGUUAGUGUAUGGUCUGUUAUUCAUGGUCCUCCUGCCCGUUGUUGUGGGUGUGUGGUGGUACCGCUCCAUCAAGUUCUCUAAGGACCAGGUCCUAUUAGACACCACCAGGCUCUACUACUACUUCUUCCAGAAAAACCCCAACAUGAUUCUGAAACGAGUGAUAAUGGUGUUAGCUGGCUCCUUUGAGUUUGACAAAUUCCACAAUGCUGAGAUUGUAGAGAGACCCAGUGAUAAUGAGGAGGUGCCCAUGCUGAUUAAACGCUUGCCUAACCUAGAUGAGAAGAACAAGGAGAAGCCCCUGUGUUAUCCUUACAGUGUCAAGGCCAGGGCUCUCCUACACGCCCACUUCCAGAGGCUGGACCUUCCCCCCGACACA